CCCGCGUGCCGUGCUCAUGGGAGAGAGCUGGAGAAAAACCACGGAGGAGAUCGGCACCGUCUAUGACAUCAAGGAGAAACUUGGGGCAGGGGCCUUCUCGGAGGUGUUCCUGGCCCAGGAGCGGGGCUCCCAGCGGUUGGUGGCCCUGAAAUGCAUCCCCAAGAAGGCACUGCGGGGCAAGGAGGUGGCUGUGGAGAAUGAAAUCGCCGUGCUCCGGAAGGUCCAUCACGAGAACAUUGUGGCUUUGGAGAACAUCCAUGAAACUCCAACGCACCUGUACCUGGCCAUGCAGCUGGUGACGGGGGGAGAGCUGUUUGACCGGAUCGUGGCGCGGGGGCACUACACGGAGCGGGACGCCAGCUGCCUCGUCCGGCAGGUGCUGGGCGCCGUGAGCUACCUGCACCAGCUGGGCGUCGUGCACCGGGACCUCAAGCCCGAGAACCUGCUCUACGCCAGCCCCCUCGAGGACGCCAAGAUCAUGAUCACGGAUUUCGGGCUCUCCAAGCUGGAGUCGGACGGGGUGAUGGCCACGGCCUGCGGGACCCCCGGCUACGUGGCCCCCGAGCUCCUGGAGCAGAAGCCCUACGGGAAAGCCGUGGAUUCCUGGGCGCUGGGCGUCAUCUCCUACAUCCUGCUGUGCGGUUACCCCCCCUUCUACGACGACAACGACUCCGAACUCUUCGCCCAGAUCCUCAAAGGGGAGUUCGAGUUCGACUCGCCCUAUUGGGAUGAUAUCUCGGACUCAGCCAAGGAUUUCAUCCAGCAGCUGCUGCAACGGGACCCCGAGACGCGCUACACGUGCGAACAGGCCCUGCAGCACCCGUGGUGA